UACUUUAAUAGAGCAAGUUACUUUAAAACAAUCUCAUCCUAAAUUUUGCAUACCAGUUUUCCAAACAAUGUGACUAUCCAUUUCAAGUAAGCUUCACCCAUGUAGAUUAUCGUUGUCCUAAACACAGACAACCCUGAAAAACAAUUAAAUAUGCCCAUAUUUGGAUAAUGAAAUGGACAACCAAUCUUCAUCUUGUUUGCAAACAUGACAAUCAUCGCAUUAUGGACCAUACUGACAUUAUUUCCGGUACUCGUACGUCUAGUUUCCGGUACCGUGACCCAGACACCGAAACGUCGACCUGUAUUCUUACCAGAUUCGACGAAUUUCGAAGAAAUCGCCAACUGUUACGCAUUCGUUGACAAGACGCAUUUCAUCAGAGCUUUCUUCGAGUACAGGUGGAUCAAUCAUCAUAUUUUCACUCGACCUAGAAAAUUCGGUAAAACCACAAACAUGGAUAUGCUGAAACGUUUCGUACAACUGGAAGUCGACCAAUACGGACGAAUCAAGAAGCAAAAUGAAACAUCAGCUUAUCGAUUAUUCACUAAUCGAACUUUGAAUUUACAGAUUUCUCACUUUACACCAAUAAUGGACGAGCAUUUAGGCAAAUACCCUGUCAUCCAUAUCGAGUUCAAAGGAGUCAUGCGAGAUACAGUCAACGAAACGUUGAAGAGUAUCCGAGAACGUGUUCGAAAAGCGUGCGAACCUUACGAAUGGAUGAUUGGAAUUCUGCACGAAGAGUAUCAUAGAACGAAUGAAUCCGCUAUUGGUCAACAAGUUCGAUUCUUGAAGAAGGCGAUUUAUGGAACGAUGAAUCUCGAUAUUACCACGAAAAGCUUGUGCUUGUUGGCUAAAGUAUUAUUGAAUUAUUUUCGUCGAGAAUUGUUCGUGUUCAUCGACGAUUACGACGUAGCCAUAGAUUACAGUUUAAGGUAUUCUCAUCGACGAAAGGCGUAUGAUCUUACUAAAAUCAGGUCUGUUGUACGCACCAUGGUUGAGAAAUUAUUCGGCGAACCCCUGCAACAUAUAAAAUACAUCAUGAUUACAGGUACAGCCUUAGGAUCGUCUUCGACGUUUAAUUCGUUCGAAGUAAAUAAUUUUCAGCACCAUGGUUGGCUAAGCGAUACAACAAUGCGUACGUUUUUCGGAUUCACCGAAAACGAAGUAACAGACACGAUGGUUCGGCGCAGAAUACAGGAAACUGAAAAGCACAGAAUUAUCGAAUACUACAACGGUUACUUCACCAGCGUUAAAAAUAUCAGGAUGUACAACGCGAAUAGCGUUCUGAAUUAUAUGGGUUCGUUUAAAAAGAAUAACAUAACGUAUCCUUCAUCGUGGAUCGAUCCGGGUGACUUGGAUUUCAUGCAGCAGGCGAUAAAAAAUCCCAAACUGUACCUGUUCUGGUUACAAAUACUGUUGCAGAAAGAUGUAAAUCUUCAAGUCAAAUCGUACGUUGACGAAGCACGAAUACUGAAACUAGGGCUCAAGUUGAGAAACAACUCGACUAAUUUAACACCAGCUGACAUCGACGCUUUUCUUUGGUACUGUAAAGAAAACGGAUAUAUCGUCACUAAAAUGGAUUCAUCGCAGCAGCCAUAUUUGGUCCUACCUAAUAAAGAAAUACACAUAGAAUUUACCACAGUACUGUUCAGAUAUUACGAUUCCCUUCUACCUAAUAUUACAGCACCGUUGACCGAAACGUUCAAAAAUUUAGCAAAGUUUAUAAACAUCGACGACGAAGUACCCAAGUUGAAACGUCUUCUAGGAGCACUAGUUAAAUCUGAAUUCAAAUUCGACGAUUGCAAGGAACUGCAUUACUACGCUAUAAUCUAUCACUCGAUCGCCUCGUAUUUCAAAGAUGUUUUUACCGAUGUUAGGGUGCUAAGGCAAGAUACAGCUUAUUAUAUCGUUAUAUGUGAGACAGAAGAAGUGAUUGUAAUUGCUGUCAAGUACGAACGUGGUAUUAGAAAAGCUCUCAGACAAGCUUUCAAUUAUCAUACGGAUGUCAAGUUGACCAAAGGUAAAAAUAUCAGAUUUAUAGGCAUAAAAAUUGAUUUGAAGUCUGAGCUUGCCAGUAUUGCGUAUUUUUCGCCUUAUAAUCGUAUCUCGGUUUGCUUUGCGAUUGAAAGUGAAGAAAGAGAGGAGGGGUUGUACGAUAUGUUCCAAGUUUUUUGAUCGUUGAGUAAAUAAAGCACCUAUAGGUAGAUUUAAAUGUAGCUUAUUAAUUUCAAUUUUUAAAAUAAUUGUUUCAAUUACUCAAUUUGAAAAGCAUACCGAAGUUUUAUUUCAUAGCUGCGUACGGAAAUUAUACCUAUUUUUUUCAA